AUGUUCGCUGUCAUUGCUUUCUUGUUUCUGUUGAAUACAGAAAGAAUAAAUUGUGCAGUAAAUGCGACGUGUCAAGUCGGUGGAACACUUUGUGAAGACGAAUUUACUGAAUGCGCUAAACUGUUUCCACCUCAAGCAGUUACACCUGGUCAACCUUUUGCCGUUGCCGAUGAAUGCGAAAAUUUGACUCACUUCGCUGAAUUAUGCCCAAAAUCAUGCAUGACUUGCUGUAAUCUUCCACGCUUUAAAUGUAGUGAUAAGGAAAAAGACGAAAAAGUAUGCCAAUCGAUCAAAGAUAGUAAACUGUGCGAGACAACAGAUAUGGUUCUUCGGGCGAAAAUAAAAAAGUCUUGCGCGCAAACAUGUGGGCUUUGCUCGAGUGGCAGUUGCGUUGACAAAAUUAAAUAUUGCAACGCAUCAAGAUGUGAUGAGGAUUUAUUUAAAGAAUUAUGCAUGAGCACUUGUAAUCACUGUGACGAAACAGCUUGUGUCGAUAAAGCGGCAGUUUGUCCCGAAAAUUUAUGCAGAGAUUCAAAAUAUGAGCCACUUAUGAGUGAACAGUGCAAAAAGACAUGCAACAAAUGUGGUAUAACUUGCAAAGACAAUUUGCCGUCGUGCGAUUCGUUGGCUAAAAGCGGAUUCUGUAUGAAAUCUGAUCGUACAACGGUUUACACAGGAGCUAACGACACAGCACCAUCAACAAGUAAUAAAAAGGCUACUGAUGAACCGCAUCAAUCCCGACCAGAAUUCCCAGUCCACUUCAUUUUGCUUCAAUCAGAAAAGUAUGGAAUCGUAUCUUUAAAGAGAAUGGAAGGCAAAGUACCAAAUUCAGAAAUAGCAAAAAUUAAGCAUCAAUGGGAGACAAACAUACGGCCAAAGGGCGAGCCGAUACCAUUUGGCCAGCAAUUGCAGCCGAAAACUGGUUCGGAGAUACGAAAAACAUAUGAAUUUCCACGAUGGCGUUCGAGCGACGUGAUGACAGCAUCAUUAAUAGCAUCGAAACCAAAUAUGCAAAUACCGAGUGAUAGUGCAGUACCACUUCAUAGACAAAAUCUUAUCGAGAAGGCCAAUAAAAAAGCUAAAGUUGACAAGCUCGCUUGUAAUCCGUGGUUCGAUGUGACUAAGCUUCGCCAAUCUAUUAUUAGAGAUUCUAUUGGUAAUAUUAAAGCAACGAGAGAUAAAUUUGAGCAGCUUUCUAAAAAUGAACAAUACCCGAUAAGACGAAACGUUGAUUUUUACAAUUCGCAUGACAAUUUGAUUUUGAGUAAUUCGACGACUAAUGGAUAUCAAGAAACACGCAAUGGAAGUGAAGACCAUUUCUCUGAAGUAACUUCAAUUAUUUCGAAUAGCAGAGAAGAUUCGCAAGAUUCGCAAAAAUUGACAUUAGUACGAAAUCAAAGCACUACUGAGAACUGCUUCACAGCCGAACAACAACUGUUCUUAUUUCUUCUGAAAAAAAACGUGGAAUUUGUCGAAGGACUAGGAGUGAAUAUUCCAAACAACGUGAAAGAAUUGCUUCAAACACUACCACAAACUAAUAUUCACGGAAAGUUGGAACCUGAACUAUAUCAAGAUCCUUCAUCACUAAUCAGUAGAAAUGCAGUUGAGCAUUCGGAAAGGACCAAACAUUACUAUCGAACGUCGCUUAAUACUGGUAAUCUUACUUCAGAACUUCACAUUUAG